CGAGCAAGGAGGUCUUCCGUCCACUAGUUUCCCCAAUGCUGACCGCCGUCCGCCGCCGCCUCCCUCACGGCAUCCUAACCGCCGCCUUCUCUACCGCCACUUCCACAGCCGCCGACCAGACGAUCCCCUACCUGAUCUCCAGUUGCGGCCUCUCCCCCGCCGCCGCCGCCCGCGCCGCGCCCUCCGUCCGCCUCGCCUCCCCGGCCGCCGCCGCGCAGGCGGACGCCGUCCUCGCGCUCCUCCGCCGCUACGGCUUCUCCGACGCCGACAUCUCCACCACCGUCCGCAAGCUGCCCGUCGUGCUCGUCUCCGACCCGGCCAACACGCUCCAGCCCAAGCUCGACUUCCUCGCCUCCGUCGGCUUCGCGGCGCCGCUCCUGCCGCGGCUCAUCUCGCUCAGCCCCAUCGUCCUCCACCGCAGCGUCCAGGACCACCUGGCACCUCUCUUCGCCUCCCUCCGCGAGGUCCUCGGCUCCGACGCCCGCGUCGUCGUCGCGCUCCGCCAGAUGCCCUUCGUCAUCCGAUGCCAGCCCAAGUCCACGCUCUUCCGCGCGCUCCCGCUGCUCCGCGACGUCCACGGCCUCUCCCCUGGCGAGGUCUCCAAGGUCGUCGCCCUCCAGCCCGGCGUCAUCCUUCAGGGCCCCGACCGCAUCAACGAGAUCGUGGAGGCCGUCAGGAACGCUGGCGUCGAGCCCGGAAGCCCCAUGUUCGUCCACGUCUUCUCCAUUCUCUCCAAGAUGAAGACACCCACGCUGGAGAGCAAGAUCGCGCUGUACCGGCGCCUCGGCUUCGGCGAGGACGGCGUCACCCAGAUGAUCCGGCGGUACCCGGGCUCGAUGGCGGUCUCGGAGAGGAAGAUCGAGAAGAUCGUCGGGUUCCUGAUCCGCAAGGCGGGGCUGAGCCUGGAGGACAUCGUGGCCUACCCGGCCUUGCUCACGCGGAGCCUUGAGGCCCACUCCCGGAGGUGCGCCGUGCUCGCCGCGCUGAGGAGGGCAGGGAAGCGGCAGGGGCAGCACCGGCUGGCCGUGGUGCUCGUGUGCACCGAGGAACGGUUCCUUCAGGUGUAUGUGCAGCCGCACCUGGAGGAGCUCCCUGAUGUCCUCCGAUCCAAGAACGGCGAGAUCCCGUUCGAGGGCUUCGAUGGGUCGGAGGAGCAACCUAAGCCGCCAAGGAAGAAGAUGAGCGCAUGAUGCCAUCCGCAGCUGUGGUUUGUUGGUUCUUGGUGGGUUCGCUCAGGCGUAGCAGUGUUCUAUUUUUCUCAAGAUGUUGUCUAGGAGCAAGGUUGCCAAGGAGAAUAAUGGCAAUGCCAUCAGUUCAUUC